GUAUGAGGCCAUUGGAGCUCUGAUGAAACUCUUGUUUGCUCUGGCCCUGGGGUCCAGACCACAGCCAGAGCACGGUCAGGCUCUUGGGACGUCCUCCUGUCUCUGACUGCUGACCUCGUGGUCACACUCAGGAUGUCCUCCCAUCCCCGUCUCCUGUCCAGAGUGACAGGAGAGACCACAUCCAGAGCACGGUCAGGCUCUCAGGAUGUCCUCCUGUCCCCUGACUGCUGGCCCCGCAGUCCACUCAGGAUGCCCUCCCAUCCCCUGUGAGAGUCUGGUCCCUGAAGCCUGGGGUUGUGAAUACCUGUGGACCCUGGGGCACUGCGGUCCACAUAGGGGGACCUGCUCUGCACUUGGGGGCCCUGCUCUGGACUUGGGGGCCCUGCUCCGGGCUUUGGGUCCUGCUCUGGGCUUGCGGGGGUCCUGCUCUGGGCUUGUGGACCCUGCUCUGGACUUGGGGGUCCUGCUCUGGGCUUGGGGGGGUCCAGCUCUGGGCUCGGGGGGUCCUGCUCUGGGCCUCUGGGUUGCAGGCUGCCGCCCCGCACAGCAGGAAAGGAGUGUCCAGGGGGCGGAUCCUCGUCCUCUUGGGGGUGGUGUUCCCGGCGUCCAAUGGCAAGGCAGAGAGCAUUUUAGGACGUGCUUGAGCGUCCGCGGCAGGCGAGCGGAGGGAGGCUCUGCUGGAAACGCUGCUGGAGAGACUGCAGCCGGCGCUCGCACAAGGUGGCCUCCGAUGGGCGGACAGGCGAGCACUGGUGGCAGCGUCCAGAGCCCGCUGUGCACCACAAAUACAGACUGGAUGUCAGCGCUGUGCCCCCUGCUCCGGGACGUGCCCCUCCACCACCUCUCCAUCCCAGGAUCCAGUCUGUGUAUUUCCCACACGGCUAUCCACUGUUCUGUCAGCUGGACUCCCACCGUGGCCAGAGACCCAUGGCUUGAAUGACCUCAUGGACGAGAGAGCCCCUGGGGGUCAGGCUGUGUCCCUGCUGAGCCUGAGGGGCAACAGCACAAACCCAGGUGUAGGCACUGGCCAGUGCCCCCCAAGAUUCAUGUCCGCCUCCACCCACAACCCUUGGAAGGGGGCCUUUUGUGGAAAUAGGGUCUUUGCAGAUGUGAAGUGAAGGAUCUGAGACGAGCUCAUCCUGGGUCAGGAUGGCCCUAAAUCCAAGGACAGGUGUCCUUACAAGAGACGGAAGAGGAGACACAGACCCAGAAGAGAAGCCACAUGAAGACAGAGGCAGAGACGGGAGGGAUGCGGCCACAAGCCCAGGGACUCCUGGAGCCCCAGAAGCUGGAAGAGGCAGAAAGGACCCUCCCCUGGAGCCUCUGGAGGGAGCUUGGCCCUGCCCUGCCUGGAUCUCAGUGGUCCUGUCCCGCCUGCAUCUCAGACUUCCAGCCUCCAGAGUUGGGAUACAAUCUAAUUUCUCUUCUUUGAAGCUGGGACAUCUCCCAGCUUGUGGUACUUUGUGGAAGGAGCCACAGAAAACUCAUAUACCCGAUAGAUAAUAAUUGCAGAAAAAUGUGAACAUCUAGGAAGCCACGACACCAUGACCUACUGCUUGAACAAGAAAUCGCCCAUCUCCCAGACCCAGUCCUGGCUGCUGCAGCUUCUGGGCAAGGUCCUGCCAUGUGUGACCCGCCCCGUGGUGCUCAGGUGGUCCAUUACCCAGGUGCUGGACGUCACGGAGCAGCUGGACGCGGGGGUUCGGUACCUGGACCUGCGGAUCGCACACAUGCUUGUCGGCUCCGAGAAGAAUCUACACUUCGUGCACAUGAUGUACAGCACCGCGCUGGUGGAGGACACGCUCACGGAGAUCUCAGAGUGGCUGGAGAACCACCCCCGGGAGGUCGUCAUCCUGGCGUGCAGGAACUUCGAGGGCAUGACGGAGGACCUGCAUGAGUACCUGGUUGCCUGCAUCCGGAACAUCUUUGGGGACAUGCUGUGUCCCCGAGGGGACUUGCCAACACUGAACCAGCUAUGGUCACGCGGGCAGCAGGUCAUUCUGUCCUACGAGGAGGAAAGCGUUGUGAGCCGGCAUGGGGAGCUGUGGCCUGGGAUCCCCUACUGGUGGGGGGACCAGGUGAAAGCCCAGGAGCUCAUCCAGUACCUGGAGCGCAUGAAGAGCUGCGGCCGCCCAGGCGGGCUGUUUGUGGCGGGUAUCAACCUGACGGAGAACCUGGCGUAUGUCCUCGGGCACCCGUCCCAGUCCCUCAGGAAGAUGACCCUCCCGAACCUGCCGUGCCUGAGCACGUGGGUCCGGGAGCAGUGCCCUGGGCCAGGCGCACAGUGCACCAACAUCAUCGCGGGCGACUUCAUCGGUGCAGACACGUUUGUGGGUGAUGUCAUAAGACUCAACGAGAAGCUGCUGAGAUGCUCACGUGUCCCUUUUGCAGCUCACGUGGAGUGCGGGCGGGAAGAGUGGGUCUGGGGCGGGGUCCCUGCCUCCCCCUGACAUCAGGGCAGCCCCGUUGGUGGCACCCGGCCUCACAGUUCUUCCGUGUUGCUGGGGAGGAUCACAGAACACGCUGAUGAUCAACGGUGGUAGGUGCUUGCAUCCUGAGAGGAAGAACGACCCGGAACCUGGGGUCUGCUCCUGUAGGUUCAGCCCCAGCUGUGCCGUGGUUGCAUGGGUCGCCCCUUCCCCUGGGGCCUUGAGGGCAGCAGGAGGACGUCCUGAUGGCUUCCUGGAGCCAUGUGAAGCCCAUCAUAUCGUGUCUGUUGGGUAGGAGUGGGUGCACCACACUGAGAAGACCACGAAAAUGGGGAAAACCUCCUUCUAAUUCUGACGGCGUCACGGCCCGUGUGUUUUCCCCGAGGACCGUGGGCCCUGUGGGGCUGGUUUCCCUUUGGCUUCUCUGAUGGUAACAUAAGGACCCUUAGGGGCUGUUUGAUGGCGAGUGGUGUUGUACACAUGCUCCCUUCCUCCUCCAGAGGCCUCGGGUAGCGCUCUCUUCAAGGAGGUGUGCGGACUCAGGUGUGACGGGCAGCUCCACGCCCACGCCGGGGGCUGCCGUGGCAUCCUCGUCCUCCCACCCAUCCCCUGGAGUGGCAAGUCUGUGCUCCUCCCAUCCCCUUCCUCUGCUCGGCACGUGAGCCCCGCUGGGAGGCUGCCUUCAAGCAUCUCCAAAAUGAAGCCGAUGGUCUGUGGUUUUGGCCGCCUGUCACUGGUCCCUUCUCCCAAGGCCACACUGGGCGUUUCUCACUUUUCCCAUAUCGCCAUUCCACGGUUUCUUAGGGUCCGUCCGUCUGUAUCUAUUUGCCACCCAUUUCUCACAGCACCAAAGACUUAACUGUAUUUUCUUCUUUGCUGUGUCCUCAUGCUCUGGCGUCUGGGGACCGGAACGGUGCGACCGCCCCUCUCAGGGCUAGCUGAUGCCCACAGACAGAAACAACGUACUUGGGAGCACGCGUCUUCUGUGGAAAUGCAGCGCCCCGUCCUCCAACGCUCACACGCCACAGUGACGUGGGUGCGCUCCGGAGCUCACGGGCUGGACCGGUUCUCGCGCUCCUCGGACACAGGGCGGGUUUGGUUCCAGCAAGAUCGCAGUAAAGCGAGUCAAAUGAGUUUUUUGGUUUCCCGUGCACAUGAACGUUAUGUUUACACUACCGUCAAUUAAGCGUGCAAUUGUAUGACACCUAAAGUGUGUACGUGCCUUAAUUAAAACAUACGUUAUUGCUUAAAAAUGCUAACCAUCUGAGUUGUCGGAGUCAUAACGACUGGCCACAGAUAACCACAACAAAUAGACUCAUAAGGAAAAGCUGGAACCGCAAUUACCAGAAUGGGAUGCAGAGACUGGAAGCGAGCAGAUACUGUGGGAAGAAUGGCGCCCGCAGCCUUGGCCAACCUUCCAUUUGUAAGACACACGGUGUCUGGGAAGCGCCGAGAGGCGAGCUGCGCCUGAUUUCCCGCUACCCCAGUCUCCCGGGGCGGGGGCCUGUCACCCAGAGCCCGCCACCACUACUCACGCUGGACAACUGCCCCGAGUGCUCUCCCACCUUGCCUUUCCCGUGGAAACCCUCACGCCCCAAAAGGGGUUUUCCCCGUGGCCUCAGGGGGCACCCGCCUCUGUCUGGGGAGACGGGAAUCAUUAAAUUCUUCUUUCGGUGGUUGGCCUCAGCCACCUCCAUGAGUUAAAACCCCGGGGGUCCGGACGAGACGCGCCCCCAUGGGCAGCCGGGCAUCGUGCUAGAGGCCUUAGCUCUGCUUCCCGGUACUCAGGGUUCCAACUUCAUGACCCCAAAGGUCAGAAGUCCCUCCUUUUGCACAUGAGGGUUAUGGAGCUGGUGGUUUCCAAUUCUUGGCCAAAAGGUGAAUCCCAAUUACACUGUCGUAUUUUUCUUCCCACCUUAACAGGGGAUCCAGGAGUUUCUGUGUAUCUCGUGUUCUGGAAUAUUCCUCCUACAAUGGAACAGUCCUUAGACAUUAGGUCUUAGGAUAUAGUCUUGAAAAUGAUGCUAUAACACAAGGACCACCGUGUCUGUGUCUGUUCCACGAGUACCUUGUCUUUGUGUCAGGAACGGUCCACGUGAUCGUUUAAUCCCAGAGGACGAUCGACAAAGUCGGACGUGUUUGUGCAUUUUUGUUUCUGUCAUUCAAGCGACCAAACCAUCUGGGCAACGCAUGGGAGGGUCUGUACAAGCGUGAUGUUCACCGAGCACGUUCUGCAGGUCACGGAGAGCUUUGUUCAGAAAUAGUGCUGGGCCACAGUUUAUUGUUGCUUUGGAAAUUAAAACAGUGGAUGAGGGCGCCUGGGUGGCUCAGUCGUUAAGCGUCUGCCUUCGGCUCAGGUCAUGAUCCCAGGGUGCUGGGAUCGAGCCCCACAUCAGACUCCCUGCUCGGCGGGAAGCCUGCUUCUCCCUCUCCCACUCCCCCUGCUCUUGUUCCCUCUCUCACUGUGUCUCC